AUGGUCCCAGCCAGAGCAGGAUGCUGCUCUCUGCUGCUGCUCCUGCUGCUGGGGCUGUGGGUGGCCCAGGUCCCAGUCAGCGCCAAGCCCAAACACAUGACCUCAGCUCAGUGGUUUGAAAUUCAGCAUGUGCAGCCCAGCCCCCAGGGAUGCAAAGGGGCAAUGGACAACAUCAACAAGCACACAAAACACUGCAAAGGCCUCAACACCUUCCUGCAUGAAUCCUUCUCUAGUGUGGCCGCCACCUGCCAGACCUCCGUCACAGCCUGCAAGAACGGCCAUAAAAACUGCCACCAGAGCAAAGAGCCUGUGUCCCUGACCCAGUGUGAUCUCAUCUCGGGGAAGUACCCAGCCUGCAGGUACAAAGAGACAAAACUGCACGCUUCUUACAUCAUUGCCUGUGACCCUCCCCAGAAAGGGGACUCUGGAAAAUUCCACCUGGUCCCUGUGCACUUGGACGGCGUUGUUUAG